GAUUUGUAUGAUUACUAUUCCAUAGCAUAAAAUAUAGGCCAUGCUAGUCACCUAUACAUCGUUCUCCUACUUCACAUGAUACACCUUCGCAGAUGCACGAAAUUGGGAAUGCUUUCGAUAUUUCCUUCUCAGCGUCAACGUCAACGUCCGGCCGACCCCUGAUACUAAGUGCCUUUCGGAUCAAUGGCUCUUCGGCGUCACAGAGCACAAAACUCAAUCCAUGUUGCCGAUCGAGUCUCCCCGCGGAGACCAUAUACAAGCGUACCGCGUCCACGAUUCAGGGAUGCAGAUGUGACGUAUACAUGCCUUGAAGUCUGACUGAUAAGCAAUGUAUAUAAUGCUUGAGGGGUAGCAACUUCCUCGAUAAGCCAACAACCCUCUCAAGGUCCUCAGGUAAACAGUCAAGUAUUUGUCAGGAUGCUCACAAUCAUUUCUGCGACCCCUUCGCCUUACGCGCGCAUGAAUCGCAUAGCGCUGCUUGAGAAAGGUAUUCCAUUUGAACUGAAAAACGAGAUCCCAUGGCACGAAAGCGAGACACAGACUCCGCUAUAUAAUCCUCUGGAGAAAUUGCCAAUCCUGCUGUUCGAUGACGGCAGAGAGCCUGUAUAUGACUCGGCGCAAAUCCAAGAGUAUAUCGUGCAGAAAUUUGCGGACAAAUCACCUCGUCUGGUUACGGGCGACGUGGACAACGGACCUCAAAGCGAGGCAGAUCCAGACAUUAUGAAACGCGAUGAAGACAAGCAGAGCAAAUCGUGGCUGAACAGGCAGAAUCGGAAGAUUGACGGUGCGCUUAAGGCAAUGAAUGAGCUUGCCAAAUCCAGAAAAGAGGGCAGUGAUUACCUGCUUGCCGAUGUCAUGACCAUUGCAGACAUCGCGGUCAUCUGCGCUGUCGGACAGGUCGACUUUGGCGGCGUUCGCCCAGGUUGGCAGGACAAGUACCCAGAAUUGGCAGCCUACUGGAAGUCGUUGGAUGCAACGAAGAAUUUCGCGGAUACCAAACCUGUGAUGUUCGACCUGAAACACAAUACCGUGGUAUAAAGGCUGGAUUGGAGGAGUCGGAGAGCAUCACUUUGGCUGUGAAUAUCAGCUUACGCAGCGGGACAAUUGCGACGAGUGACAGUCAGUGAAGCAGGCUUGUGGGGACAAGCAUAACUUAUGCCUCUGGACUCCAGGUAGUCACAAGCGCCGAAAUAGCGAAUCUCUCAUAUGAUAACCAUGGUGUUUGUCAUCUUUUGAUUGCGCACAACUAGUCUUCAUGGCGACGCGUAGCUGCCUGGCUGAGUCGAUGGCGACACGUAGAAUUUUUCAGAGUGCGAAUGUCGUAACAGUAGUAGAUGAAGUUUGACGGAGACCACGUGACACAGGGCCAGAUGUUCAGUCGGUCGAUAAGGAAUAAGG